GCCUGGUUGAAAGGGAUGAAAAGAGGAGAGAGACAUGAAAGGGCCAGAGAAUAGUGAGUCUUGCCUGGAGUCCCAACAGUCUGUGUGUAGGGGGAAUAGAAACAUGAGGUAGGAGGGUUGUUUUACUUGGCUAUGAAACAACCCCCCCAUCUUACACACACACACAGAGACAGGCUCUGUAUUGCUGCCACUGCAUUCUUGUGUGUGUGUGCUGCAGUCAUUUGGUGGGGGAAUGUUUUUGUGUGGUGGCUGCUCUGCCUUGUCUGUCAGCGCACAGGGCUGUGUGGAAAGGAGGAGAGAGGGAGAGCGGCAGAGAGAGCGAGAGAGAGCGGGAGAGGGAGAGAGAGGGCGUCCGCGUUGUGGCAUUUGUUAUGUAGGCAUUCCUCUGUCCAGCUACAGCUGAUUCGGUAGGAGCUUUUGGUGUAAGUGUCUGAGUGUUUGUUGACAUCCAUUGUUCUACUCUUUAUUGUGUUUUAAGCUCAGUAAGCCGUCGAAGAGAAGAAAGCGUAAGGGUAGAUUACAUGUUAGCAAUUGACUGCUGCAGUCGAACGCCAGGAAAGGAGGGAGAGCACGAAGAGGAGAGACAGCUGUUAUCCUCUGUGUUGCUCUGUUAUUCUUGUCCUGUAAGGAGGCUUAUUGCUGGUGUGUAGCUCUAGCUGAGACGAAAAGGCUGUUACUGAAUGUUUUCUCUCUUGGUAGCUGACUUAUUGUGAGGUAGUGAGCGGCGCUGUGUUUCAAGCAGUGUUUAUGGUAAGGAAAGAGAACCGACUGAAUUCCUCCAGAGACUCCGAGAACCUCAAGGCAUUUGCUUAGGCUGCCUUUUUGGAAGAGAUUCAGUUUGUCCUGUGUUUCAGAAACACCAUGCGCGUAGUUAGCUGGUGGCAGUAUCAGUCCUAGAGGUAAUGUGACUUUGGACGAACACCCCGAUCAGUCUGUUACGUGGACAGAUACUCAGUGUAUACCAGCGCCACUAUGAACCAGAUGUUAGGGACUUUAUUUUAUCACUUGUGUGCUGUCAGUCAUUACAGGAACCAUUAAAGCUGGGUGUGUGUUGGGUGGGCAGCUCUCUCUUUGCCUCUGGCUGCCUUUGCGUUUCAGGGCACUGACAGACGUAUUGCUCUGUGUGGCCAGCAGUCAUUCAUACCUGGCUUAUGGUAGAGAGGAGAGGUGUUCUAUCCUUAAAGUGUGCAGGGAUACAGCCUCAAAGCUACUUGAGUAAUUUUAGCGGGACUUUGAUACACAGGCGUUUAGAUUGUAAAGCACAAGUGCGACCAUUGAUAGGUCUCCUGGGGUAUAGUAAAGAAUCACUGGUGCGUGAAAUUGGUUGAGGGGUAGAGUGUGUCGGACAUUGUGUUAGACGCGUGUGUGUGCCCACUCACUCCCACGCCAUGCUUUGCCCGGCGUCCUGCCUACCUCUCCUGAGGGAACUGGCUCAGUGGCGAUGCCUUCUGGGGUGGCACCGCCAUUCGGGGGUCACAGCAGGGGCCGGACCGACGUCAGAGGUCAGUGGUGGGGUAGGGGGCACGACUCGACCCAUCUGCCGCGCCGACCCACAACAGGGGAGCAAGUACGCAUCAGCCGGCUGUCUUCUGUCCCUGCAUCAUAGCGAGAAGCCUGAACACGAGGAGGUGUGCGAGUUCCGUCCCUACACCUGCCCCUGCCCGGGGGCCUCCUGUAAGUGGCAGGGCUCCCUGGAGGCCGUCAUGCCCCACCUGAUGCAUGCCCACAAGUCUAUCACCACCCUGCAGGGAGAGGACAUCGUCUUCCUGGCCACGGACAUAAACCUGCCGGGGGCAGUUGACUGGGUCAUGAUGCAGUCCUGCUUUGGCCACCACUUCAUGCUGGUCCUGGAGAAGCAGGAGAAAUAUGAGGGCCACCAACAGUUCUUCGCUGUGGUACUGCUCAUUGGCACCCGGAAGCAGGCUGAGAACUUUGCCUACCGCCUGGAGCUCAAUGGGAACCGGCGGCGCCUUACCUGGGAAGCCACGCCCCGCUCCAUCCAUGACGGUGUGGCGGCCGCCAUAAUGAACAGCGACUGUCUGGUGUUCGACACGUCCAUCGCUCACCUGUUCGCAGACAACGGCAACCUGGGGAUAAAUGUCACCAUCUCGAUGUGCUGAGUGGAUCAGAUGAGAGUCUCCCAAGCACAUGCUACACAUACAGGCCAGGGAGUGGGCUGUAGGCUUCUCUUGAUCUUCCACACUGUGACUCACUGCUUUACAGUGUGUGAGAGGACAGGUGUGAGAUGGAGAGAAUGUGUGUUUCGAUGCAUGUUGGCUCCCCAUAAGGCUUGAAUGGAGACUGGCCUGUAGAUGUUUCAGUGGUUGGGGGUUUGCCUGUCCUGUCAUUGUGUGUACUGGAAACAAUGUACAGUAGCCUGAAUGAGGUCUCCAAGUGAGGUUGCCUACACCCCAACCCUGGUCAACAACUCCACUCACGCCCACCACCUCUUCUGCCCAGCUAGCCAGUAGCAGGCAAGACGUGCACUGCCAGGGCGGGAAAUGGCGGUGAGUCGAACUACAGGAACAUUGUGGCAUUCAGAAAAAUGUCCACUUCAACUGUAAAUGACCCCUAUAGGUGCAGCUUCCUAAUCCUCACAGAAAGUUGACAUGUUGAAAGUUGGUCAGUGGAACAAUUGGGCCUCAGAGACGCAUUUGUGAGCGGAGUCGGGCCUGAGAGUGACCAAUGCGCUGCCUCAGUCUGGGUUAGUGUGAGCUAUGCCGGGGUUGCUUAUGCUUUGCUAAAUACUUGCACUGACCAACUCCAUACUAUUCAGAAAAGUGUCAUUGUUAUUAAAACAAGCUUAUUUUAUGUCCAUUGUUUGAAAUGGUGACGGUGGUGGUUGUUACACUGUAACUGGGCUGUGUGUGUGUGUGUGUGUGUGUGUGAGAGAGAGAGAGAGAUACAUUGGUGGUAGAUUGUGAUUGUAAGCAGAAGACUGCAUGUCUGUCCACCUUGUAGAAUAAAGACACAUCA